AUGGCCGAUGAAGAAUUCGACGAUAACGACGUAGGAGACGAUUUUGACGACGAUGUGGAAGACGACAAUAUCGAGGAACUGGAACAACCCGAAGAAGAAGGGGACAAUAUCGAUAUUCUCCAACCAGGCCAAGCAGGAGGUGGAGUACCGAAAAACAAACGUAUAACAACCAAAUACAUGACCAAGUACGAACGAGCAAGAGUAUUGGGUACCAGAGCCCUACAAAUAGCCAUGUGCGCCCCUGUCAUGGUAGAACUUGACGGAGAAACUGAUCCCCUUCAAAUCGCCAUGAAGGAAUUAAAACAACGCAAAAUUCCCAUUAUUAUUCGAAGAUAUUUACCGGAUCAUUCCUAUGAAGAUUGGGGAAUUGAUGAACUUAUCAUUAUAGAUCAUUAG